GACGAUCUGUCAGCUGAGAAGCAACUCUUCCUCUCUUCAUCGAAAGGACUAACCAAACAGCGAAAAUGAAAGUUGUGGGAUCUACAUGCGCCCUGAAGAGCAAGGUCGGCGGGGACGAGGUGGUCCGCUGCCUAUCGGAUCAGAGCCUGAGCAUCUCCAAGUGCAAGCUGCCGCUGCUGGAUGAGCACAUGAGCGUCUUCCUGCAGGACAUGAACAGCUGCUACAGCAAGCUCAAGGAGCUGGUGCCCACGCUGCCUGCCAACAAAAAGGCUACCAAAGUGGAGAUCCUCCAGCAUGUCAUUGACUACAUCUGGGAUCUUCAAGUGGAGCUGAACGAGCCAGGAAAGAAAAGCUCAUCUCCGCGCAGUCCCCUCACUACUCUUAACGCAGAGCUUGCCAGCAUCUCUGUCGAGAAUGGCUGCUCUGACGACAGAAUUGCCUGCCGUUAAGAAAGAAGACUCACCAGACAACUCACGUAUCCAUUGGUGCAAGUGAGAGCAUCAUGACCAAGAAAGAACAAGACCUACUGUUUCACCUUGAAUUGUUUGGUGAAUCACCAGGUGUACAGCAGACUGGGGUCAAAUGUAGGAGGACGUUCCUCCGGCAAAUCCAAUCUGAAAUAUGUGGUGGUGAUGAUGAUGAUGAUGAUAGAUUCUUCAUACUUCACAUGGGGUGCAACUUCAGCACAGAUGGCUGUCUGCUGUGGAAUCCACGGCACCGUUACCAACACGCAGCCCUGCCCAUCAGUUUCUUAUUGUUGCUGUAUUAUUUUGUAUUCUGUAGAGUUUCUCUCCAAUGCUUUUUUAUACGAUCACACCUUUAAAAAAGUUUUAUAGUGUUUUUAUAAAGCGUCGAUUUCUCAGAUUGCUGAGCAAAAAAGAAUGUAUUGUAUAUUACAAUGAACGUCUUAUUGUGUUUUUUACAAUGUAUAUCUGAUGUUUUUUUUAUUAAAACAAGAUAAAAAACCUUA